CAUGAAUAGCGCCACUGAAGGCCAUUUAUCACCGAUCCGAUAUGCUGUAAAGCAGUGGCUUUCGACUUUUCGUCCAAAUUAAGCGUUAUUAUUGUAGUUUAAAAUUUACGGCGCAUUGUUACGCGUUUGUUUAGUCAACUGAUAACAGGUUAAAUAUUUUGCCUUAGGAAACCAUCAAGGAUCACACGCAGCCAUCCUUCGGCAAAAAGUGGUGGCAAAAACGUAUAAGAGUUAGUGAUAAAAUUUAUUGUAAAACAGUGCGACGCGUUCUUCCAUUUCCAGUCGGCGGUUCCGCGACAUUGCCCAACUCACAAUUCUCGUGAGAAAAUUAUUGCCCAAUUUCGGCUAUUGCGACUAUUAGUGAUAUCAAGAUCGGUGACUAAUUUUAUCUGGAUUAUCGGCUAGUGCUCGAUAGCUUCCUCCAGGAAGUGGCGAGAAUUCGCGUUUCUGCCGAAAACGCGGCUGUGGCGCAUGCCCGUGCUGCGGGGUGAGCGAACGAAAACCCUAAACAACCCUCAGAUGUGCUGAAAUCUGCAAAGACUUGGUGCAAGUGCAGUGUAAACACGAUCAAUACGGGAAGAUGUCGGCGACGAGCACCCCCAGGCGAAAACCCGGAUUCCCCGGAUCCCUCACCGACUUGCACAGGUUCCGGAAGACCGUGCACGGACACGACGGCUCGAGCAGGAUUGUUAUGGUCAGGAAGACCGAUCAGAGGACGUUCGCAUCGAUCGAGAAAGGACAGGAACCAAAAUUAGAGACGAUUACGCGUGAAACUAUAGAAACAUUCCGAGGGCAACGGACCGAAUGCAAAAUCACCACAGAGACGAAAGGCUGUGAAGAAAAAUUCCCACCCGACCUUAUCGAGUCGCUAAGCGACAAGGUAGCGAGAACUCCCAAGAAAACUCCAUCGAAUAAAAAAAAAAGAAACCCCAUCAUGGACUUCCAAUCAGAGUGCCUUACGGCUCAUAACGAGUACCGAAAACGUCACGGAGUCCCUCCACUUAAACUAGACAAAGAUUUGUGCAAAGUGUCCCAGCAAUGGGCUAACUUUUUAAUCAGCAGGAAUAUGCUUCAACACAGCAAUAACAGUAGCUAUGGAGAGAAUCUCUUCAGUAUGACCUCGAGCAACCCCAAUUUCACUGUCGCAGGGAAGGAACCAGUCGAAUCGUGGUAUAGCGAAAUCAAGUACUACAACUUCGGCGGCGAACCCUCGAGUCUGGCUUCGGGUCACUUCACCCAAGUCGUGUGGAAAGAAAGCGCUAGGUUGGGGGUGGCGUUCGCCAAAUCCGGGGGCAGAGUGGUGGUGGUGGCAAACUACGACCCGCCUGGCAACUUCAUCGGCGACUUUAGCAAAAACGUACCACCAGUUGGUGGUUUUUCCGGUAACAACAACCACGAAGACGUUAAAGACUUCGCUAACGGAUUCUCGAAGUUGUCCCUCAACAACGGUACCAAACUAGGAAGUUCGCAGAAGGAUCUCCGAAACGGUACUGAAGGCAACUUCGAGGAGGACUUCCUCAAAGCUCAUAACGAAUACCGCAGAAAGCACGGAGUACCACCCUUGAAGCUCGACAAGAAACUGUGCAAAUAUAGCGAAGAGUGGGCUAAGCAUUUAGCCGCUAAGAAUAUUCUGGAGCACCGCCCCAGCUGCAACCAUGGCGAAAACAUCUACUGCAUGUACUCCUCAGACCCUAAUUUUACCAUCACGGGUCACUCGCCCGUGGACGUGUGGUACGAAGAAGUCCAGCACCAUCCCUUCGGGCGCGAACCCAACAGUCUCAAGUCGGGCCACUUCACCCAAGUGGUGUGGAAAUCAAGCGAGUCGUUGGGGGUUGGAGUUGCCAAAAAUAGCCAAGGGAGUAUCUACGUAGUCGCCAAUUACUCGCCCGCUGGUAAUUUCGUUGGCCACUACGUCGAAAACGUACCACCCCCACUUAGCUCACCUUCCAAACAAGAAGUACCAGAGAAGAAGGUUUCCUUCCCUCGGGGUACCAACACUGAGGAAGGGUUCACUCAAUACGCGCUCGAUGGGUUGAAAGUGCACAACGAGUACCGACGCAAGCACGGGGUACCAGAUUUGAAGCUCAACAAAGAGAUGUGUAAGUACGCGCAAGAAUGGGCUGACACGUGUGCAAAAAGUGGGAGUAUGUGCCAUCGAGCCAACAACCCAUAUGGAGAAAACAUUUUUUGCGUAUAUUCGUCGGACUAUACUCACGUACCGACACCCCGUGACGCCAUCAAGGAGUGGUACGACGAAGUCAAAAUGCACACGUUUGGAGUGGAAGCAGUCAACCACGGGACUCUUCAUUUCACCCAGAUUGUAUGGAAGGGUUGUACGGAUCUGGGGUUCGCGAUGGCCAAAAACCAGAAAGGGGAGACCUACGUGGUCGCUAAUUACAACCCGAGAGGGAACUACGUCGGCCAGUUCGUCGACAAUGUGCCCAGACCCAGAUUCUGACCCUUGAAGAAGUAAUUUUAUUUUUGUACAUUCCACAAAGCCAAAGAUUUGAUAAUAAUUCCAGAUCAAUUAUAGCGUAGGGGUAGUAGAAUAGUUAUGUUAUCAUUUUUACACUCGAUAGUGAGAAGUUGUAAUUCCAGCUCGUUACCAAAGAGCAUUAAUCUUUUCUAUUAAUAUAUCACUGUAUAUAACCUUUAAGCACACGAUAAUCAAUUUGUUGCAAUUGUUGGAUUUUACUAUGGUCAUGUCUUGGUGGUACCGUUUGAUAAGUGAUUUUUGGUAGGUGUAGUUUAUAGACUGUGAUUCCUCGAAGACUGUCCAAGUUGUUGGCGACACUUUAAUUACCUCCGCAACUGUUUAAUCCGUCAGCGUUUUAAUAUCACUAGGUUGCUGAAGCGAUUUUUUACGAUUUAGAAGCGUUUACACCUAUCACUGUGAUUUUAGGACGAUUUGAAUCAGCACUUGUUCCUUACAAACGCUUCUAGUAUUUGAUGCGAAUUCUUACUGUAGUGGAGAGUAGUGUCCGUGGAAAACUUCCAAGUUGUUGAAUUUUUACCAUGGAUUAUAGUUGUUUGACGUUGUACAGUGCACAGUGUUGAAAAGGUUUCAACAACAAGUACAAAUUGUUAUUUCGAUAUUGAUAUUACCUCCAACAAUUGUAUUUUGUCAUGUAUGGGACGACAAGUCCUGGUUUCAAUUUUGGAGAAUAAACUCAACAAGAAUGC